AUGGCAGACAUGAACCGCCGCAAAGGAGGCAUGCGCUCACAGCAAAGUCACUUGCAACAGCAAGCGGCAACGUCUCAGCAGCAGAUGUCGGCCUUCCAGCAACAAAUGCAAUCUCAAGCUCAGCUUAAUCCAUACCAAUAUCAGCAGUAUCAGCAGCAGCAAAGUAAAGUGCCGAUCUUUCAUCCUAAUCUUACUGCUCCUUACCGUAGCGUCAUCCCCGCGGCUCGCCCGCCCGCUCAGAAAUUCUCAACGAGUGGGGCUAAAAUGGGUAUAAAAAGCGGCAUGACGGUGGAAGAUCUCAAACGAUUGACGCAAAAGAGAAUGCAGCAGUCUGGUGCAUCUAAUCCAGCAACUCCCAAGACAUCGGCACUUGAAAGCUUUUCUAACUCACGACCAGCAACGCCCAGACUCAACAUGGCCGUGGUAAACGCCACUUCGACACCCGCGGUAGUUGCCACUCCACCAGUUGUUCCCAAAACUGGCAUGUCAGUGCAGGAGCUAAAGCAACUUACAGCGCUUCGUGUGGCGUCACAGAAUGUCCCGGUACACGCCAAUGAAGUCACGGGAUUUGUGAGUAAUGCAGUGCUGAACAAUGCAACCAAGUCUCAGUACCGUGACGGUCUGCGCACGUCGCUCACGCCGGGAAAUACACCCAAGCGCUCCUAUCAUACUAGAAGCAGCAGUAGUACGCAUUUUGGCUCUGCACAGUACAGCUCUUUUGGAAACGAUCUAAGUCGUAGUCAUGGACCUCUUAGCUCCGAACCAUCAAGUGAUUUAAAUUCGGACCGUGGCCACCGCAGCCGAUCUCAAAGUUCACAGUUACCCAAUGUCGAUUACUCGGUGAACGAUAUGCCCACGCGCUACUCUUAUACCAGCAGCCUCACGCCAGAAGACUACUUUUCAUCGUACGAUCUUAACACCAGUGGUGAUAAUAUCGAUUUAUCUUAUGGAAUGGAUCCUGAUCACAGUAAUCCCGGUAAGGAUACAAUCUAUAAGCGGAACGCACAGUUGCAAUUUGCCGAAGAAUCUUUUCCUCCACCACCACCGAUGGAUGAAAGUGGCGGCUUUGUAUCCACUGCCCUCCCGUCGUGGUCUCCACCGCCCGCUAGAAGCAAGAAGCUUAACGCCCCAACAAGUACAGGUGCAACAUUUUAUAAUCAGCAAACUUCAUAUUAUAACAUCGCGUCAAAGGACGAGCCUACCACCCUAAGUGAUAGUGGAGGUGGUAUCAAUCAAGACCAAAAUGUUCUACUUGCACCUCCACCCGGACUUACAAGACGACCAUCAAUGACGGUGCCUUGGCAAGUAGCUGAGGCCGUGCUCAAUACACCUCAGACGAACACUGGGCGUAAAAAGCUAGUAGAUGCAGACGCCGACCCCAAUUUAAACGGGCUUAACUCGUCUGCUGCAGCAGCUGCUGCACAAUUAACGGGACUUUCUCUGCAGUCAUCAACUCGAAGUCGGGGCAACGGCUCGCAGCCUCCUUCGUCACCGUCUGGAAUUCUAUCAAGCUCACCAUCUUCUUCCGUAAACACGCCUCUGCCCUCUACUGCGCGUCGUGGCAGCUUCGGCAAUGCUGCAGAAUUCUUCAAAUUUCGUCGACGUAGUAAAAGCCGUCUUGAACUUGCGCGUGACAUGUCUUAUAUCGACAACGGAGAGCAGGGAGGAUAUCCAAGUUAUGGUACGGUUGGGGCCAUGCCUGGGAUUGCUGAACGUCACGGUGAAGCUGACGAUGAGAUCCAUGAGGAUUCCGUCUCAGACAUGAGUUCAUCAACAUCUAUAAACGAUGAAUCCAGCUCGCAAGAUUACACUGAUGAGGAUGUGGUCCAAAUUACUGGUGGCUAUGAUGAUACGAGAGAAAUUUCGGGCAGCUUUGUGUCCUUUUACAAUGCUUCACGACAGCAACAGGUUGGACUUUCUUCGUUGUCAAUACCUCCUCCGCCGCCUCCCCCGCCAACACCUGACGAGGAUGAAGUGGCGUCUGCCUCAUCGUCAACAAAGGGCAAUGGCUUGCCUAUGAUGUCACCGAACGGUGCACGGCUUCGAAAAGUAGCGGAAUUAGCACGACGAGGCAGUUUAAGCAACGAAGACAAAACUCGUGUUAAGGACGAGAUUAUUCAAAACUCAUUGGGAAUCGGCGCGAGCAAUGCCGCUCGCCUUCUUGCUAGCAAAAAGGAAGAUAGGGGAGAUCGUGUGCCAGCCACAGCACUGCCUCCUGGGUUUCUUGGUAUGCCGCGCUUGACACCAAAGGCGUCUACCAAGAAGAUGGUCACCCCUGGAUCUGGAAUAGUGAGGGCAACAUCAAGCACCUCUGCAGGUGCAGCGGUGGCGGCUUCUGCUUUGAGUACUGGUACGGGAUCUUCGGCAUCAUCGACAGCUUCCUUGGAGGAGCGGCUUGCUGCCGCAGCGCAAAGAGUGGCAGAAUGUGUUGGUAAGGGGGAUAUGGUAGGAUUUCAACAGGCAAUGGAUGACUUAGACUGGCUUCGUAACGAAGCAAGCAAGCUGAUGCACGGAUGA